AUGGCGACGGGCGUGGAGACCUUGGCGGAGGAUUUGAGAUCGGUGUACGCCGCCGGCAAGACGAGGGCUUACGAGUGGCGGGCUUCGCAGCUGAAAUCGAUUCUCGAGAUAACCAAUCGCCAUGAGAAGGAGAUUACAGAAGCCCUGCGCUCGGACCUCAACAAACCGGAGCUCGAGGCUUUUGUUCAUGAGAUUUCUGGAGUAUCAUCAGCUUGCAAUUUGGCGCUGAAGGAAUUACGCAGAUGGAUGAAGCCAGAAAAAGUGAAAACUUCAAUGGCUACAUUUCCAUCGUCGGGCCAAAUAGUAUCCGAACCUCUGGGUGUCGUAUUGGUUAUAUCGGCUUGGAACUAUCCUUUCCGAUUAUCACUCGAACCAGUAAUUGGAGCUAUUGCUGCUGGUAAUGCUGUUGUUUUGAAGCCAUCUGAAGUGGCUCCGGCAACAUCCUCGAUUUUGUUUAAACUUGUAAGAGAAUAUAUGGACACAUCGGCUGUGAAAGUUGUUGAAGGUGGUAUAACUGAAACAACUGCACUUCUUGAUCAAAGAUGGGAUAAAAUAUUUUAUACAGGUAAUAACAAAGUUGGACGUGUUAUAUUAACUGCAGCUGCAAAAUAUCUAACGCCCGUGGUUUUGGAGCUUGGUGGGAAAUGUCCGGUUGUGGUUGAUUCAAACAUCAACCUUAAAGUUGCUGCAAAAAGAUUAAUUGCGGGAAAGUGGGGUUGCAACAGUGGACAAACAUGUGUUUCGCCUGAUUAUGUAGUGACUACAAAACAAUUUGCCUCAUCAUUGGUGAACGCUAUUUCAACCGAACUGGAGAAAUUCUACGGGAAGGACCCUUUGCAAUCAAAUGACUUGUCGAGCAUUAUAAAUUCACGCCAUUUUGACCGCUUAGCAAAGUUAUUGGAUGACGAGAAGGUUUCUGGUAAGGUAGUUAUUGCUCCCACUGUUUUAUUAGAUGUUCCACAAGAUUCUCUCAUCAUGGAUGAGGAGAUUUUUGGUCCUUUGCUUCCGGUUAUCACGGUCCCCAAAAUCGAGGAAGCUAUUGGCCUGAUUAAUUCUAGAGAAAAACCUCUGGCCGCUUAUCUAUUUACGAAUGACAAAAGGCUCAAGGAGGAAUUCAUAUACCGCGUAUCAGCCGGUGGCAUGUGCAUUAACGAGACGGCUCUGCAUCUUGCGGAGCCCUCCUUGCCGUUUGGGGGCGUGGGGGAAAGUGGAAUGGGGGCUUACCACGGAAAAUUCUCUUUCGAUGCCUUCAGCCACAAAAAGGCAGUAUUAGCACGUGGGUUUAAUGGGGAUAUAGCUGCAAGAUACCCGCCCUACACUUCUCGGAAGCUAAAUCUUCUUAAAGCCAUCUUGAGUGGAAAUAUUCUCGGUGCUAUUCGUGCUUUGAUUGGUUGUACUGAAAUCUUCCACUGUGCUAUUCUGAACGGGCCCUUGGGUGAGUUUGGGCCUUCGGGCUUACUCGGGUCUUGUUUAGUUUGUUUCGGGCUUUUUCAGUGA